AUGCCAGCUAUGGUACGUCUGGCGCGUGUUGUUCAGCGUGGACAUGACUUACUCAGUGCCCUAGCACCCUAUAAAAAUGAUUGCUGGCAGUCCAGCACGACUGGCUCUGAGGCUAGCUUUCUUUGGGCUCGAGAAAUGGUUGACAAGUGCGAACGUGAACAUCACCAUUGCCGCAACCACUUCAUUCGAUCUACUAGUCAGCGAUACCUUCCCAAGCGACUCAUCGAUGUGCAAUCCAGGAGACAAGAUGCCAUACAACUGGCACUGAGUAAAAGCCUUGAAUCAGACCCUAUCGUUGAGUAUGCUGCACUUAGUCACUGCUGGGGAACGACGGUCAAGUCUGAGCUUAAGAAGGACAAUGAAGAAACGAUGAAAACGAUUCUAAUAGAGACCCUGGAUCCGAACUUUCGAGACGCCGUUGACAUAACGUACAGAAUGGGGAUCAAAUAUCUCUGGAUCGACUCGCUCUGCAUCAUGCAACGUACCGAAGAAUGGGAGGAGGAGUCUGGCGAUAUGGGCCUUGUUUACGCAAGGGCCAAGGUUGUGAUAUCCGCGACGGCAUCCAAGAACUCAGAUGGUGGUUGUUAUCAACCCAGAGAUCUUUAUCCCUACGACUGCGUUCUAUGCGCUAACUGGACCUCUGUACUUGUCGUCCGCUCGCCGAUAAAGUAUCCCGACCUGGUUCAACUUUUUAAGGAAAGGGUAGAUCGUUCGUUCCUAGCUACAAGAGGUUGGACCUUUCAAGAAAGGUUCCUCGCUAGCAGGAUUCUGCACUUUUGCUCAGGCCUUUUGAUGUUUGAGUGUAACACAUUGACUACCUCUGAGUGUCAUCGUGAAGAAGAGUAUCCCCUGGUUACCCACUUUAGCCAAGAUGGGACUCUGAACGUACCGAAAGUCCCUGAUCCAGGCCGGGCACCACCCAAGCAGCUCUGUAGUAGUACGAGCGUACAACAUACCGGGUCUUCUACAAGACCUUUCAACCGCCCAGCCAAUAACACAGUCGGGGAAAGCUGGUACGCCAACCCUAAGCAUGAACUAUGGGCCGAGUGGAAACAACUUUACGAUGUACAAAUGUCAUCUAUGAGGACUAACGCCGCAAGACUAAGCAUUCGAGGGGCCUUCAGUUUCCUCUGGUCUUUCAGGGGACAAGAUAUGAAGGAGAAAGCAGAGUUCCACCUGAGGUGGUAUGAGAUGGUGACGAGCUACUCGAUCCGCAACCUUACUAAUGACAGCGACAAGAUGAUGGCUAUUGCCGGUGUAGCAUACUUCAUUCAGCAGAGUACGGGCUUCACCUACGCUGCCGGGCUCUGGGAAGAGACUUUACCUUUCAAUCUCCUCUGGGUGGCGGACCCUGGAGUCAAAAGGCGACCGUCUGGCCGGUCUGUUCCCUCGUGGUCUUGGGCAUCGGUUGACGGCAAGAUCUCGCACCGUCUGAAGAAAAUCGGCCCAGCGUUCUUGUGCGGCUCAAGAAUUAGCUUGACAGUCGAUGGCAUCAGUGGCUCUAACUCAUGGGAUUAUAUACGAUCCCUGAUAUCGGACCUGUAG